AGAAAGGCGUGAUUCACCGAAAAGCCAUUCAUUUAUGUGUAGUGUAUAUGAAGUGAUGUUUAUAUCCAUACAUAACAUACAGACUGUAGUCACUACAGUGUAGUCACUGUACACUACUGUACACUCUAUGAGUAGAGAGACAUAAGUAUAGCAUUUGAGGCAAUCAAAUGUCCAAACGAUUCAACACUUAUUAUAUAACAGUAAUAGUUGUCAUCAAAUGGUCGACACAUUCAACACUUAAGACAUGCUUUUAAUGAGCAAAAGCUAUCGAUUGUCUCACAUUUACCACAUUUACCACUCAUUCAUUUGAUUCAUAUGUGUAUCCAAUUAUUGGUCAACAAAUCGUGAUUUGAUUUCGUUAUACAUCUAUUAAAUCGUGAAAUUAAUUAAUGCUUUGAAAGCAAUGCCUCUCUUCGGCAAAAAGGAUCAAAACCGACGACAAAACCGUGACUUAAGUGAGGAAUAUAUCAACACCUGUUCCGUCGAAGAUGUCUAUACUAUCAAAGACCUGUUGGGAACUGGUGCGUUUUCUCAGGUGUUUUUGGCCCAACACAAAGUCGAUGCCAACCGAAUGGUUGCCAUCAAAUGCAUCGACAAAAGGGCUCUUAAGGGCAAAGAAGACUCUCUCGACAACGAGAUCAAAGUCCUCAGAAAACUUAAACACACAAAUAUUGUUCAAUUGGUUGAAACAUUUGAAGACAAGAAUAAAGUAUAUCUAGUAAUGGAAUUAGUAAUGGGCGGCGAGUUAUUUGACCGGAUUGUCGAAAAGGGUAGUUAUACUGAAAAAGAUGCCUCACAUCUCAUUAGACAGAUCUUAGGGGCUGUCGAUUACAUGCAUUCGUGUGGAGUCGUUCACCGAGAUCUUAAACCCGAAAAUCUUCUGUAUUAUAGUACUGAUGAAGACUCGAAAAUAAUGAUCAGUGACUUUGGACUCUCUAAGAUGGAAGAGUCGGGAGUAAUGGCCACCGCUUGUGGUAUGCAUUUAUUGCCAAUUUAUUUGUAUGAAUAAAGUAUUUGGAAAACGAGUAAUGUCCUUGG